CACGUGGAAGUCACCUGACGUGUAUAGUGCUUGCUUUUUACUGCUGGACUUUCUAACUACUGACCGAAAUCUACACCAGAUCUACACGUUUUAAUAGACUGCAUUGCAGCUUUCUGGCCAGAUCAAGCCAUUGAUUUUGUUGAGUCAUGAUGACUCCAUUCAUUUGCAGAGGGUGUGAACAACCCAUCAUGGAACGUUACUUGAUGAAAGUUCUAGACAAGUCAUGGCACAUGCACUGUGUGAAGUGUUCUGACUGCCAGUGUGUUUUGAGUGAAAAGUGCUUUUCGCGAGAUAGCAAGCUCUACUGCAAAACUGACUUCUUCAAGCGCUAUGGGACGAAAUGCGGGAGCUGCAACAUUGGGCUUUGUCCAGAAGACCUUGUGAGGAAGGCGCUUAACAAAGUGUACCAUGUUCAAUGCUUCUCCUGUGCCAUGUGUCGUAAGCAAAUGAGCACUGGAGAGCAGCUGUUUCUGAUUCAAAAUGAAAGAUUUCUCUGUGAGCAGUGCUACGAAGUCACAGCACAGCAGAGUGUUGCUGCUAAGAAUGUCUCCGUCAACGCAGCCCCAGGAGGCUUACAUCCCACGCAGGAGCCUGUAAAAUUAGUGGCAGCUACAAGUCAGCUAGCGGAACAAGCAUCUGUAUCCCUGCAUUCUCCUGCUAAUAAUGCUGAUAGUAAAAAGACAAAACCAAGAACCUCCAUUACUCCAAAACAGCUGGAAGUGUUGACCCAGGCUUAUAUUGAAGAUCAGCACCCUUCAAAACAAGUACGUGAGGAACUUGUCGCUUCAACUGGAUUGGAAAUGAAGGUGAUACAAGUGUGGUUUCAAAAUCGACGUUCCAAGGAGAAGCGUGAUGCCAGCUACCGUGAGGCUUUAAAAGAUGAACCACAAAUCCAAGAUGGGGUGUCAGCUUCAUCGAUUCCUCCGGGUGCUACUGGUACCAGUAGCUAGCAUUCUAGUGCAGAGCUAACUAUAUACGGAUGGUGAUAACAAAACUCAAAACUAGGUAUACUGUAUUACUAGAAUAUUUUGCGGAUGAAAAACCUUUGCAAAUGAGCCAAAUGAGCCAAAAAAUUGACCUUCUGCAUUCUGGCAAAGAUUGUGUGUAUUUACAUGUACUACUAGUAAUUUAGGUUUUGCGAUUUUAUUAUUGUUUGGAUCUUUUUUA